CCUCCUGAGUCAGGCUAACUUGCGCCAGAAGAGGUGGUGUCUGUUUUCCCCGCUAACAUUAUGAGUCGAGGCAUCUUUCACACAUGAAUACUGUUUAGUUUUUCACGGUUCUCUGCCAUCUCCUCCGCUGCUUCUUCGAAUUCUUUUAGGAUUCCCUGUUUUCUCAUCGGUGAAAUUUGCUUUCUUGAUUUGCCAAAGAGAUCUACCUGGUACUGCUUUGUAUUUGGUUUUUUUGGCCUAUCUUUGGCAGAAAUAUAUUUGCUUUGGUUUUCGGAGCAUCAUAUCCAAGAACUUCUGUUGUUGAUUUUUUUUCUUCUUCAAUUUGGAUCUGAUUUAUGCCGCUUGGAAAUUGAUAGAACUUGUGAGAAGUGAGCUCAUUAUUGGGUACGCUAUGAUUGAAGUUGGAAGACAGCUCAUGUGGUGUUGAAUAACAAAAUCUUUUAUCUUAUAAAGUUUGCCAGCUUGGGCUCAGCUCCUAAAACAAUGAGGGGAAGAAGUGAUGGAGGACAGAAUAGGCAUUUGGUUACUUUGAUGUGGGUUAUGGUGGUCUUUCUUGGUUUACUGUUUCUAUAUUAUGGAUCUUUCUUUGGUCCUGGAAAGCAGCAUGCCAGCACCACUAUAGAGUCGGUUAGUAAAUUACGAACAUUCAAGUGGGUUAGCGAUAACAAUGGAGGGAAUAUCAAAUCAGAUGAGUCUAUUUUUGGGCAGGAAGGUGGUGAUGACAAUUUCAUGCUUAAGACCUUUCCAGUGUGUGAUGAUCGGCAUUCUGAGUUGAUACCCUGCUUAGACAGAAAUCUUAUAUAUCAGAUGAGAUUGAAGCUGGAUUUGAAUUUGAUGGAGCACUAUGAAAGGCAUUGCCCUCAGCCAGAGAGGCGCUACAAUUGUUUGAUUCCUUCACCACCUGGCUAUAAGGUUCCUAUAAAAUGGCCAAAAAGUCGAGAUGAAGUUUGGAAAGUGAACAUACCUCAUACACACCUUGCACAUGAAAAGUCUGAUCAAAACUGGAUGGUUGAUGCGGGAGAAAAAAUUAAAUUUCCAGGGGGAGGCACUCAUUUUCAUUAUGGAGCAGAUAAGUAUAUAGCAUUAAUUGCAAAUAUGCUCGGCUUUCCAAAUAAUAAUCUCAACAAUGAAGGAAGGAUCCGGACAGUUCUAGAUGUUGGCUGUGGUGUUGCAAGCUUUGGGGGUUAUCUACUUUCAUCUGAUAUUGUAGCAAUGUCUUUCGCACCCAAUGAUGUGCAUCAAAACCAGAUCCAGUUUGCUCUUGAGAGAGGAAUUCCUGCUUACCUUGGUGUUUUAGGGACAAAGAGGCUCCCGUACCCUAGCAGAUCCUUUGAAUUUGCUCAUUGUUCUCGUUGUAGGAUUGAUUGGCUUCAAAGGGAUGGGAUUCUUCUGCUUGAGUUAGAUAGAUUGCUUAGGCCUGGAGGCUACUUUGCUUAUUCAUCUCCUGAAGCAUAUGCACAGGAUGAAGAGGAUCUUAGAAUAUGGAGGGAAAUGAGUGCUUUUGUUGAACGAAUGUGCUGGAAGAUUGCUGUUAAACGAAACCAGACUGUAAUUUGGGUCAAACCUCUAACAAAUGAUUGCUAUAUGAACAGAGAACCAGGCACUCGACCUCCUUUGUGCAGAGCCAAUGAUGAUCCAGAUGCAGUAUGGGGUGUACGGAUGGAAACCUGUAUUACCCCUUAUUCUAAACAGAUGCAUAGAGCUAGGGGUAGUGGAUUGGCUCCUUGGCCUGCUCGCUUAACUACUCCUCCUCCCCGUCUUGCUGAUUUUGACUAUACCAGUGAAAUGUUUACAAAAGACAUGGAAAUUUGGCGAAGAAGGGUUGACAAAUAUUGGAGCUUAUUGAAUCAGAAAAUCAAACCAAACACUGUAAGAAACUUGAUGGACAUGAAGGCAAAUAUGGGGUCAUUUGCAGCUGCUCUCAAGGACAAGGAUGUUUGGGUGAUGAAUGUUGUGCCAGAAGAUGGACCAAACACCCUUAAAAUAAUUUAUGACAGAGGCCUAAUAGGGACUGUACAUGACUGGUGCCAAGCCUUCUCAACCUACCCUCGAACCUAUGAUCUCCUCCAUGCAUGGACCGUCUUCUCUGAUCUUGAGAAGAAAGGCUGCAGUGCUGAGGACCUUCUCAUUGAGAUGGACCGUAUACUCAGACCAACUGGUUUUGUAAUUAUUCGAGACAAGCAGCCAGUUGUGAAAUUUAUAAAAAAGUAUUUGACAGCAUUGCACUGGGAAUCAGUAGCUGUGGCAGAUGCUGAGGCCAAUCCAGAUUCAGAAGAUACUGAGAUGGUGUUUGUGAUCCGGAAGAAAAUGUGGUCUGCAGAUGGGAGCCUCAAGGAUUCAGCAUAAUGUUAUCUUGACUGUGCAGGUUGGGCCAAAGAAGCGUUGCCUGAUUGCACAGAUCAUUUCUGUCAGCUGCAUAUUUUUAACUCUCCAGGUGUUACAGUUGAUUUUUAAACCCCUAAUCAGCUGAUUGUGGCUCUUUUACAAGCUCUUCAUGUUUGUUCUCUUUUGUUAAGUAAUAAGAAAACUGUCCUCAAGUGGCUCAUAAUUUGAUAGGCACAUGUCCCUUUUCUUUUGUUUUCUGCAGUGUGUAAACGAAGUUGAAGUAGAUUCCAGCAAGACAAGCCGUUAUUAUCACCAGAAA